AUGGAUUUUGGUGCAGAUUUACGGGUAAGCAAGAGAGUUGAGGCAUAUUUCAAGUGGAAUGAAGAACGGACCCGGCUUGAGAUUAAAGUCGAACAGUCUUUUAGUCCACAUUUGGAUUUUCAACUCUACACUAAGGAGCUUGUCUUACUGGGCAUAAAGCAAGGUGUCACCAGAAAAGAUCUGAGGGAUAAGAAGUUGCUGUUACCUCAGAGAGACUUGAGGAGUUUCUACGAGAGCUUUAGCGCACUGGUACAACAAUUGAUGGACGAGCAAAAAUGGUUUAACAUCCAACUCUAUCUACCAGCGCGCUACAGCUUUCGUCCUCAAGUCUCUCUGAGAAACAGUAAAAUUGAGAUGAAGACUCUCCCGCAAGAGCUCAUCGCUCAGAUACUUUCCUUACUACCCGUCAACCCUCUGCAUCUCAAUCGCUCCAAAGAACGCUUUCUCAUUUUAGAAACCGAUUAUCCAGAUGAUCACUCCAUGGUAAAGUUUUCCAACGAGGAUCAGUUCGGCACGGCCGUGAAGAUCAAACGACCACAUUACAACUUAAAAAGCACGGAAAUUGUAGGCUCUUGCAACGGCCUGGUUUGCAUAAAGAGCUUCGAUAAUGAAUCAGUCGAAAGGAUUGUGAUAUGGAACCCAUUAAUCAGAAAAUAUAAGAAAUUACCUCCUAAGCCUCUAGAAAAGUUUAUUGCUAGAAGGCACUCAGCAUUUGGAUACGACCAGGUCAACAACGACUACAAGGUUUUAAGGCUUGUGAAGUACUGGCCACAGGCUUGGCUUGAGCGUCUAAGGGAUGAAAGAAGAAUAUAUAGUCUCGAGGUAUAUAGUCUCAGAGAACACUCUUGGAGAAUGGUUGAAGAAGAAUGGCCUAUUGAGGAACCGUAUAAAAUAUCGAACGAGGCGUGUUUCUCGAACGGUGCUUUUCAUUGGGUGGUUACUUCUGAUGAGACGAACUUAAAAAAGUACCAUGUCACAUUUGAUCUCAGCACUGAAAAAUUCCGCGUGCAAGCAUUUCCUAUUAAUUCUUCUACCAAAGAGGAUCUCGAAUUGGUGGACUUGGGAGGAUGGCUCUUUGCAUUUUUUCCGCAACUCUCUGAAGUUUGGGUAAUGAAGGAGUAUGGGGUGUCCAGUGGUUGGACACUAUUUUAUACGGUGGAGCCGGCCUUUCCUAAAUACCCUCCUUUUGUGUUCUCACACGACGGUGAAGAGGUUUUGACGGGAGAAAUUUUAGGGCCAAACUCUAGAGCUGAAUCCAUUUGUCUCUAUUGGUAUGACAUAAAAAGGAAGACACGCAGAAUUGUUCAGAUUGAGAAUGUGCCCGAUUUGUAUGCGCCAGUUGUUUGUGUGGGAAGCCUCAUUCUCCUCAAUGAUGCUGACAGUGACAAUUAUCUUCAAUAA